AUGUCGGAGGAGAUACAGAGGAUGAUUGCAAACCAAAUUGAGGCCAGCUUGUCUGGGCGCAACAAGUACAUCAUCUUGGCACAUCCAUCCAUGGAUCACAUCAAGAAAAACCUUAUGGAACUGGACCCUCUCUCUUACACAGAGGUGAAAGUGGAUUGGCGUGAGUUUGAAUCCGGUAUGCCCAACAUCUUCAUAGAGGAGGUUCAUAAACUUCUCCCUGCGCAUGUCUUGCUGCUUCUGAACAUGCGGCGGAAGGAGAUUCUGCUGGAUCAGCUGUCGCUGCUAUAUGCCAUCCCACGAUACGGCUGCAGAUCUUUGACCGUGCUCUUGCCAUUCUUCCCAACCGGAACCAUGGAGCGAGUGGACCGAGAAGGUGAAGUGGCCACGGCUUCCACGUUGAGUCGAAUGAUUUCAGCUGUGCCCAUGACUCCCGGUGGCCCUGCACGUUUCCUGAUUUUCGACAUCCACGCCCUCCAGAUUAGGUUUUACUUCCAGGACAGCAUUCUGCCGGUGUUGCUCUCGGCCAUGCCUUUGCUGCUCAACCUGCUGAAGACACGCUUUUCUUCUGAGGAGGUGGCAGUGGCCUUUCCUGAUGAAGGAGCCAAGAAGCGAUUUGGAGGUUUCUUCGAGAAAGAGGGCUACCCGGUGCUGUUUUGCAGCAAAGUUCGGGAGGGAGACAAACGAGUUGUUCGAGUAGCAGAAGGUGAUCCAAAAGGAAAGCAUGUUUUCAUUGUGGAUGACCUUUGCAACACAGGUCUUGAUGAGGAGACCUAUGCUGCCUUGCAGAGAGAAUCGGCAAGAUUUGGCGAUCUUCUGAUGUUGGACUGCCAAGAGGGCUAUGGUGAAGGCCUUUUGGUGAAGAAAGUCCUGGCAGCGCUGAAAACCUUCGUCCAUGAAAGUGCGAUACAACGCCAAAUUCCCAAACUUUUUAUGAAGGUCGAUGAUGAUUCUUUUGUUGCUUGGAGUCUUUUGUGUCCAAAGAUUGCAAGCGUGCACGCUCCCUUUGGUUUUUUGUAUAUGGGCAUGCCAGACAUGGUGAAUCGUACCGACUGGUGGUUCAACAACACAGAGAGUCCCAACUACGACCCUUGGGAGAACUGGCCAUACAACUUCUAUCCCUUUCACAUGGCGGGAGGGCCCGGCUACCUCCUCGGAAUGGACUUGGCGGCUGCUAUUUAUGGUUCCUUCAUGGAGCCGCCAAUCUCAUGGAACGAAGACAAAGCCAUUGGAAUUGGAGUCUUCCGAGCAAAGAAGAGAGGUUUGCCCGUGAGGCACGUCUAUUUGCAUAUGGAUGACGGGGAGACGGACACCCUACCGUUCAGUGGCAACUGGAGUACAUAUCCCUUUUACUCUCAACAUCAGCUCAGUGCAAAGUCCAUUAGCUGCCUCUUUGAGCUGGAAAUGAAAUUGGACGUGGCAGGGAUCGCCUUGAAAACUUGCUGGCUCAGUGCUCCGUGCCUGGAUGAACGAAAUGAUGUGGGAGGUGGCACUGUGCUGGCAUGUCGAUCUGAGUUGGAGAAAAGAGGGGCAAACAAGGUAUCAGUCUUUGUGACUCAUGGUGUCUUUCCACAAGGGUCCUGGCAGAAGUUUGAAGGUGCUGGCUUUGACAAGAUCUUCAUUACGGACAGCAUCCCGGAGACCUGCCAGAUCUUUGAGGAGCGCAAGAGUGCUCAGAUCUUUGAGGUCAUUAAGUUGGCCCCUGCACUGCACACAUAUUUGCAAGGGCAGGUGAACUCUGAUGCCCGACAAGCUUGGAGGAAGUGA